AUGUCUGUGGCCAGCUCUCGCAAGGCAGUGUCCCGCUCAGCCACGCAGUCACUUCCGGCGCCUGUGGACUGUUGCAGCUGCCACAAGCCAAUACGUGAGCGAUACCUGCUGAAGGCACUGGAUCAGUUCUGGCACGAGGACUGCCUCAAGUGUUCAUGCUGUGAUUGCCGUCUGGGUGAAGUCGGCUCGACGCUCUUUACCAAGGCCAAUCUGAUUCUCUGCAAGCGCGACUACCUCAGGCUUUUUGGCAACACUGGUUUCUGCUCAUCUUGCAACAAGAACAUCUUGGGCUUUGAGAUGGUGAUGCGCGCAAAGUCAAAUGUAUACCAUCUUGAAUGUUUUCAGUGCAGUCAUUGCAACCACAGAUUCUGCGUCGGUGAUCGCUUUUACCUGCACGAAAACAAGAUUCUCUGCGAGUACGACUACGAAGAGCGCAUGGUCUUCGCCAACAUGUCGCACAAUCUGGGCACACUGGACCAGGUGCGCCGACAGACGAAGGAGGUGCCCACCAGUGAGCUGUGCGACGCCAGCAGUGGCUAUGGCAGCAGUCAGGACUCACCGUUCGACCACUGA